AUGAUUGAGGGAGCUGGGGGGUAUGGUGGGGGUGGGAAUUGGGAGAAAGAGGCGCGAGAAGCGAAGGAAUUAAUUGAGGUUGAAGUUGGAGCCCCUAGGCUGAGGGAGAAGGACGGGGCCAGGCCAGCCAUGUUAACCACAUGCAAGAUUGGAGAGCUCCGCUUUGUGUUCCAGGUCUAA